GUACAAGAUCCUAUCCCAGAGCCGAGGGGGGAAAUAAGAAGCUGGCUUACGAGACAGGACAGACUUGGGCAUGGCUCGCCUCAACUGGUGCCUGGCUGCUGUCAUCAGCUGGGGCAAGUUCCUCUUCGCCUGCUUCUUUCCACUGCGGGGGGCCAAGCGAGACAAGCCUGACGAGCUGGAGGGCGUCCACACUCACACCUUCAAGUUGAAGCCAUUCAAGAAGGCCAAGAGUUGUGACAUAUGCAAGCAGGCCAUCACCAAAGAGGGCCUCAUCUGCAAAGCGUGCCGGUUGUCGUGCCACAAGAAAUGUGAAGUAAAGGUCACCACAGCAUGUCAAACGAGUACCAGCCAUGAGCCGCCUCCCACUCCUCAGCUGCCGUUAAAGCAUGUAGACACGCCGGAAUCCACAAGGUCCUGCAAGAGUGUAGAGACGAGGCGAAGGCAGUCGCGGAGUCACAGUGUGGUUCAGGCCAUGGAGGAGAACUAUGAGGUGGACCUGGUCUACAUCACAGAGAGGAUCAUCUCUGUGUCGUUUCCCGCCAGCACAGAGGAGCGUAGCUACACCUCCAAUCUGCAGGAGGUGGCGACAAUGCUACGGUCCAAACACAGCGAGCACUAUCUGUUGCUGAACUUGAGCGAGCGACGGAACGAUGUGGCGAAGUUGAAUCACAAGGUUCUGGAGUUCGGUUGGCCAGACCAUCACGCGCCGGCGCUGGACAAGAUCUGCAGCAUGUGUAAGGCCAUCGACACGUGGCUCAAUGCAGACCCACGCAACGUGGUCGUGCUUCACAACAAGGGCAACCGAGGUCGGACGGGCGUGGUCGUGGCUGCAUACAUGCACUACAGCAACAUAUCUGCAAGUGCUGACCAGGCGCUGGACAGGUUUGCCAUGAGGCGCUUCUAUGAGGACAAAGCCCUGCCUGUGGGUCAGCCGUCUCAGAUAAGAUAUGUCCGAUACUUCAACGGCCUUCUGUCUGGUCACAUAAAAAUCAACAAUAAACCUCUGUUUCUGCAUCAUGUCAUCAUGCAUGGCAUUCCCAACUUUGAGUCCAAAGGAGGCUGCCGUCCUUUCCUGAAGAUCUACCAGGCCAUGCAACCUGUCUAUACGUCAGGAAUAUACAAUGUGCAAGGAGACAGCAACACCAGUAUCUGCAUCACUAUUGAGCCUGGUCUGCUUCUAAAGGGAGACAUCUUGCUGAAGUGUUACCACAAACGCUACAGGAACGCCACCAGAGACAUGGUGUUUAGGGUGCAGUUCCACACCUGUGCUAUCCACGACCUGGGCGUAGUUUUCGGGAAGAAUGAGCUGGACGAGACCUUCAGAGAUGAGAGAUUCCCAGAAUAUGGCAAAGUGGAGUUUGUUUUCUCAUAUGGGCCAGAGAAAAUCAAAGGCCUGAGCCACCUGGAGAACGGGCCAAGCGUUUCUGUGGACUACAACACCCAGGACCCCCUCAUCCGCUGGGACUCGUACGAGAACUUCAACCAACGCUGUGAGGAUGCAGCAGAGGGCGAGAACGAUGUUGUUCACACCCAAGGCCCACUUGAUGGAAGCCUUUAUGCUCGAGUGUGCAAAAAAGACUCCCUGGAGGGAGUGGUCACCAUCAACGGCUUGCCAGUCCAUGAACACCCUCUUACCAAUGCUGAGAACCCUGUGCAGCACCUUCACCACCGCCUGCUGACCACCGAGCAAAGCCUUCCUGUGACAGGUCACGCUGCCCUUCCUGCUGUUGACCACACCCUCUCUGUGAGCAGCGACUCGGGAAAUUCCACUGCUUCAAUCAAGACUGACCGGACCGAUGAGCACAGCCAGUCGGUGCAGGGUGGUGUGAACCAUAAUAACCCAACGACAAGCCACCCGCCCCUCAGCCCGCAGGAAAAACGGGAGCUGGACCAGCUUCUAAGUGGCCUUGAGGCACCUACUCAUCAACACCAAGCCUACCUGUCCACGAGCCCAGGAGGAGGUGUCCGACAUCUGGUCCCAGCACAGGUGCACGUCAACGGGGGGCGGACAAAGAUCAUUGGCGCCCCAUCAACUGGGGAGCGUGAGACAGAUAUUCUCGAUGACGAACUGCCCAAUAGUCAAGAAGGCAACAGUGUGGACAGCUUGGGUACGCUCUCAUCUCUAGAGGGUCAGGCGACACCAGCUGACCUCUACUACCAAUCGCAGACACCUGUCAGUGUACAGAACGACGGGCCCUACCUUGAGAGAGGUGUUCUUGGUGAAAAGUUUAGCGAGAUGCCUGUACAUGGAGUACGAACCUCCGCAAUGCAAGAGCAGAACAUGGACGCUGUAUCACCUCCAGUGGGAUACAACAACUACCAGAAUGGAGAAGGGAUGUACCGCUCACAGUCUUUUGGAAACCAACCGACCAGCAGUCCAGAAACAAAGCCUAAAUUAAUGCCCAGAGCCCCCGAGAGGAGCACUAGUAGUCGGGAGGCCGUCCAAAGAGGUCUCAAUACUUGGCACCAACAUAGCCUUCCAGAUGAUCCAUUCGGCCCCCCUCUUCAGUCGACCCACAGCUUGCCCCACUUCCCUACCACUGCUUCACAGCGGAACAUUGAGCAGUCCAUCGAGGCUCUCAACAUGCUUAUGCUCGACCUGGAUCCAAUCAACUCCCACAUGUCCAAAUCUCAGAGUGCACCUCCUGGGGAUGACUGUAACAGUCUGUCCCAGGUGGCCUUCUCCCAGACCCUGACCAGACCUUCUUACCUGGCAGACUCUGCCAUCCACACCUACAAUAAUUCCGGGUCACUCAACAACAACUUUCAUCAACCAGUGCGGCCGGCUGGAAGAGUCUCAACGUUGCCCACCCAGAGCCCCGUUACAGAGUCCCUAGUGCAUUCGACUCAGAGACCCAGUGCUAGCUACCAACUCCACAACCCCACCCCAAUACAAACCCCUGAGCCCUACCUCCAUGCACGGCCAGCAUCAGCAGGACAAACAGCUCACCACAACCCAGCUGACUCUUCUUCUAGUUUCAGCCAGCAAGUGCCAGCAAAGCCUGCAAUCUCGUACCCGGUCAGCAGUAUCUCAAACUCUCCGGAGCUUCAGGGUUCGUCUCCUCACCCAGGUUACAGCGCCUCCUCUUCUCCCGUUCCCGCACUCGCCCCACAACCCAAAGAUGCAUCUUCAUCAUCUUUGCCUCGAGAUCAAGAUGCAGAGGAGGAAACACUCAACUUGGAAGGCCUUGUGGCUCACCGCAUCGCCGAGUACAACGCUCGUAUUCGGGGCAUCAGUGAAAGCAUGACCCCCCAGCAGUCUGACCGCCAUCGCUCCUAUUCUUUCUCUGGGGUUCGCUCCAGAGGGAUGACCCCAGAGGUGACACACGAGACGGGCCGGCGCCGGACGACCAGUGAGGGCCAGUACCAUAGCAGCCACGACAACAAGCCAGCGUUACCUUCACCGGAUUUUACCGCCAAUCUGGCUCUAAACCCAGGAGGAUGUCCAAGAGAGGGUCCCAAGAACAGCUACCGCGAGGUGUUUGAGGACGACGAUGCAGACGGGUUUGUGGUCAGCUCCCCUCACAGAGCCGGUGGUGAGAAUUCUCCUCUGACCCCGAGCGUCCCCGCGUCGCCACAGACUCCUUACUUCAACAUGUACUCCAGUAAUGGGGAGAAAGAUAAUCACAGUUUUGGAGACUCCAGAUCGCAGCACUUCAACCCUCCUCUCUCCUCCAGCAGCCCCAUCUGCAGCGCUGACGGGAGGAGGACUGGUUCCUCAGACAGAGCUGUGCCCAGCCCUGCAUCCAUUCACAGACCUGCCUCCCCCGAGGGCCCCCAAGUCAACAUCAUGGGAGUCCACACAGUCCCCAGGAGCCCCAACACCCUGCACCGCACAGUGGCCACCAACACGCCGCCCAGCCCCGCCCUCCAGCGACGCCUCCCCAGUCAAGCCAGCCCCUCUCUCACUAGACAUCCACCACCAGCCAGUGGCAACAGGGACUGUAUCCCUUCUAGUCCUCUGAUUGGCCGGAGCCCUAAAACGGUGGGUGCAGGUGUGCCUCCCAGCCCUUUGAUGGGGCGCUACAGCACAACACCAGAAAGACCAUCUUUUCCCGUCUCUCGGCAUCUGCCAGAGAAGAGACACAUGUCCAGCGGAGACGCAGAGAAAGGCAAUUUGGACAACAAGAAUGUGCCGCCCUCACAGAUGAGCGGCAGCAGCACUCCAAACCUGUCCGGCACCACACACACACCCCCCGACCUCUCCAAGUCCAUAUACGAUGGAUACCCAGACAUUAAGAUGAAUGUCAAGUUUGUCCAGGACACAUCCAAGUUCUGGUACAAGCCGGACAUCUCCAGAGAGCAAGCCAUCAACCUGUUGAAGGACCGCGAGCCUGGAGCGUUCAUCAUUCGGGACAGCCACUCCUUCCAUGGGGCGUACGGUCUUGCCAUGAAGGUGGCCUGUCCUCCGCCAACUGUCCAACAAAACAAAAAAGUUGGCGACUUGACAAACGAGCUGGUGAGACACUUCCUGAUUGAGACAAGCCCCAAAGGUGUCCGUCUGAAGGGCUGUCCCAACGAACCCUACUUUAGUUGUCUCUCUGCACUGGUGUAUCAACACUCAAUGACUCCGCUGGCUUUGCCCUGCAAGCUGAUGAUCCCCACCAAAGAUCCAAAUGAAGAGGCACUGGAACUUGCCACACCCACCGAUGUAGUUAUUGAGCUUCUGAAACAAGGAGCAGUCCAGAAGGUUCCUGAGGAAGCCCAGGCGUGCAACGUUCUCUACAUCAACUCUGUGGACAUGGAGUCCCUUACGGGGCCUCAGGCCAUCGCCAAGGCCAUCAGCCAGACGUUGGAGACCAACCCUCUUCCCGAAGCCACCACCGUCCACUUCAGAGUGUCCGCACAGGGCAUCACGCUCACCGACAGUCAGAGGAAAAUUUUCUUCAGACGACAUUAUCCCAUGAACACGGUAACCUACUUUGACAUCGACCCACAGGACAGAAAAUGGAACAAAGAAGGAGGCGGCUCGUUGAGAAUGUUUGGAUUUGUUGCCAGAAAACAAGGAAGCACCACCGACAAUGUCAGCCACCUGUUUGCCGAGCUGGACCCAAAUCAGCCCGUCUCCACCAUCGCCGGCUUCAUCUCCAAAAUGAUGAAGCGGUGAACCCUCCAACAUCCAAAUGGCAGUGCUCAUUUUGACAUCUUCCUUUUUCUCCAGAACACAAUGACGUCCUUGUUUUUCCUUUCUGGUUGUAGUUUCUUUCUGUUUCCCUUCUCUCUCUCUCUCUCUCUCUCUCUCUCUCUCUUUUCCGUCUUUGCCUUGCUGGUUUGUCUUGACUUUGGUCUUUUUUUGAGUAGUCUCGAUUUGAAGGAUCUGGUGUUGAGCCAAAGCAGAGUCAGAGGAUGUGCAAGGUGGAGAUGUGAACGUAACAAACACGAAAGCCAAAGAAGGGAAAGAAAGCAAGAAGAAAAUGUUCCCUAUAGACUAAAGGAAGCAUGCAACGUGCAGCUGGGGGGGGGGGGGCGUAAGGACUCGUGUAUGUUUCAGGGUUUUCUGUUGAUGUUUUUUGAUUGAUUUACCAAAGGUAGUUGCAAUACAAGUGCAAGAAUGAGGUAGCUAUGAAGCCAUUAUUUUCUUCUCUCUCUCUCUCUAGUUCUUUCUUUUUGAAAUAUGAAUUGUUGAACAAAAAGAAAAAAAAAUUCUUGAACUUGUCUUCAGGAAAAAAGUUGGCCUUGACGGCUGUUAGCAAAUCAGUGUCUGAAGACCUUAUGCAUGUCAGCUUGAUCUUUAAGCUCGGUUCUUCGACCUUUCACACAAAAACGUCAUUGUGAACUCCUUCGUGGACAUUUCCGGGUCUGGUGUGUGUCGGAAAGGGCUCUGCAGUGAUACAACGACUGAUCUACAACGGCGCAUAGCAGACCAGACUCCCCCCCCCCAAAAAAAAAACACACCACGCUAAGGCCACUGCACACUCACAUCACCUCCAUCCCCGAGCCCGAUCAGCUAUCUCCAAACAGUCUCCGGCGAGAGGUUGUUUCCCCAGUAGGAGGUCGGGCUCGGCGGCACACCGACUUGGCCAUCACCCGCUGCUUGCAGUCAUGGAUCUGUUGAUAGACGCUGCCAUUGAAACACACUGGAACUCACCAGGAACUGGCACCACCACCACCUGGACCUAUGCACUGUUCUCUCUGCAUGUUGUCGCCCCAAACGCACCCGCCCUCAUUCACGAAAAACAUUCUAUGCUGUGUGCUUAAAUGAGGAAAAAAAAAAAAA